CGCCGCGGAGUCGGCGCAACCCAGACUGCGGCCCGGAUGAGUCCCACAGAACUAAUCUGACAGCUUUUAUCUUCACCUCGGGGUCAUAGUGUGACCCUCCGUUCUUCCCUCCAUCCUCCAGCCCUCCUCAUUUUCUCCGGGUCUCCCCCUGUGUGCGCAGUGGUUUCGCCCAUCCUUCUGCGUCCCUUCCGCCAGCGCCUAGAAGCCUGUGCGCGUGCACAGCCAGAUGUGCACGGGCCGCCCACGCGCCUGAGGUACGAGCACGGGGACCGCUGGCUGCCGGGUGAGGGGCGGCUCCUCCCGGUUGUGUGUGCUCAGCAACCCCGGCAGGGACCGCGAGAUUCUUGCCCCGCGGCGUGCAGGUCGGUCCUGCCUCUUAGCCCGCGAGUGUCUUUCCUAAGGGCUGCCAGGCACAAUGAAGGUUCUCUUAUUGAAAGAUGCCAAGGAUGAUGACAGUGGCCAGGACCCAUAUAUCCAGGAGCUGGGAUUAUAUGGACUGGAAGCUACACUAAUUCCUGUUCUGUCAUUUGAGUUUUUGUCUCUUCCCAGUUUGUCAGAAAAGCUGUCUCAUCCCGAAGGCUUUGGAGGACUCAUUUUCACCAGUCCCAGGGCAGUGGAAGCAGUGAAGCUGUGUUUGGAGCAGGACAAUAAAACUGAAGACUGGGAAAAGUCUCUGAAAAACAGAUGGAAUGCCAAGUCUGUGUAUGUGGUUGGAAAUGCCACUGCUUCUCUAGUGAAUAAAAUUGGCCUGGAUGCAGAAGGAGCACACAGUGGAAAUGCAGAAAAGCUUGCUGAAUAUAUUUGCUCCAGGCCAUCUUCAACACUGCCUCUUCUCUUUCCCUGUGGAACUAUCAAAGGAGAUACUCUUCCAAAAAUGCUCAAGGACAAAGGGAUUCCCAUGGAAAGCAUGCAUGUCUAUCAGACAGUUCCACACCCUGGAAUCCAAGGAAACCUGGAGAGCUUCUAUGAAAAACAGGGUAUCCCAGCCAGCAUCACAUUUUUCAGUCCCUCUGGUCUUAAAUACAGCCUGGAGUAUAUUCAGGCGUUAUCUGGCAGCAGCUUUGAUCAGAUUAAGUUCAUAGCCAUUGGCCCCAGUACAACUCGUGCUAUGGCCGCCAAGGGCCUGCCUGUGAGCUGCACAGCAGAGAGUCCCACACCUCAAGCCCUGGCUGCAGGUAUCAGGAAGGUGCUACAACCAAACAGCUGUUGCUGAGGCUGCGCUGGGCCAGCUCCUUCACUGUGCAUGGGACAGCUUGCUGCUACCUUUAGGAUGGAGCCCAGAACCAGAGAGGGGCUCUGGAGAAGCUGUUGUGAGCAUGUCACUGUCCUCCAUGGAGUCCAGCUUGUAGCCUAGGCUGGGUGCACACUGGCCAUUGGGCCCUGGGAGAGCUUCCUGUGCCUAAAAAGAAGGAAAUGAAAUCAACCUCAUGGUGACUUGUGCUUGCUGCCCAGUUUCUUUAAAAUUGCAUUUAUGUGUAUGGACAUCUUGUCUGCAUGCAUGUGUUCCAUAUGCAUGUGUGGUGCCUGCAGAGGCAGGAGAUGGUGUCAGAUCCCCUAGAAACUGAGUUAGAGACAGCUGUGUGCUACCAUGUGGGUACUGGGAUUUGAACCUGGAUCCUCUUAAAGAACUCUCAGUCACUGAGCCAUCACUCCAGCCCACUAUUAUCAUGUGGGCAAAGCUGUGUUCAGGAGCAACAUACAGAGUCUCUCUGAUGCUGACCCAGUGACCUGGUAAGAAUGAUAAAUUGCUAUGUGUGAAGUAGAUUUAUUCAUUACACAAAAAACAAAGCAAGACUGAGCCAAGCAUGGUGGCACACUCACCAUCCCAGCAUUCAGAGAAUGGAGACAAGACAGUGGUAAAUUUCAAAAACCCAAAUAAAAAUAAACAAGACCUCAAAUUCUAA